AUGAGUCAUAGAGUUCAAUUGCUUCUGGGAGCAUACCAUAUGCAACUACCUUUGAAAAGUGUUGACAAAACGAUUGAGAUGAAAUCUGUUCCAUACGUAUGUUAUGGCAACUGUUUGUACAUUGAGUCAAAAAUAGCUAAUGUCACAGGCAUUUCAGGAGUUAAUAGUAAAGGUUCAGUAGAGUAUAAAUCUUUCUGUUAUGAAGUAAAUUCAAUGUUCAUUCCAAACGUUCCUGUCAUAGCAACUCAUUUAGGUAAAUGGGUUCGCAUUAGUCCUCAUAAUUUGAAAGACAUGCAAUUCAGACUAGUUGACUUUCAAGGCGAGCCUAUAGAACUGAAGGCACCAGUGCGAAUGACUGUUGAAGUUGACUUUUUAGAAAAUAUUAAAUGCAACAGCUUACAAGAGAACUCAGAGCUAAAAAUAUAA